UGGCACUGCAUCUGCGUCAAGGGCUGAAAGAGUCUGUCUUUCUCUCAAUUGUGUUUGCAUCCGUCGUUUCUGCGAUCGUUACAGAUUGACGGAUUAUAAAGGGACACUCUUUCUCCUUCCUUUGAACGAAUCCAUCUGAAGAUCACGGUUAGUUAGCUAGUGAUGGGAAAAGAAGAGGUUUGUUCUUCAGGGGAUAUGGUGACAAAUCUGAAGACGUCCAUAAGAGAAUUGAGUGCGAAAGUGAUGGAGCAGAAUCAGAGGAAAUGUGAUGUUAAGGAUAAGUUGCAGCAGUUGCGAGAAAGAAUAAACGCUCAAGGUGUGGAUGAUGUUUCAGUCCAGGAGGAGUUGUUACCUCUUUUGAGAUCGUUUAAGGAAUUAGAAAAACAGGAAUCUGAAGUCCGGUCUAAUUGUGAUGCUAAGCGUUCUGCGUUAGAAGAUGCAGUUUGUGAUUUGGAGGAGAGAGUCACAAAGGGUGAGAUUCCAGAGGAAGAUUUAGAUGCUUUGUUGGUUGAAUCUCUGGAUCAUCUGACUUCCACAAAGAAGGAGCUUCCAGCAACGCUGAGAGAGAUAGUGUCUCUGAAGCGAAAGAUUGAUGAUGUACCAUGCCAAUCUGAACUUCUCCAAUAUGAAAGAAGAUUCUCAGAGCUUAAUGUUUGUAUUCAGGAGAAGCUUCAACAGACUAGGAAGCUCUAUGGGACAUACAAUGCUCUUUUAGAAAUAAAAGACUUGAUGCUAAAGGAGAUAUCAUUACUUAAUUCAAUAGGUUCACAGUUUCAAGAUGUGAUUGGUACUCCUGCUGGGCGCAUGAAGCUAAUUGAUUCAAUGGAAGGAGUUAUGAAAGGAAUCCAACAGAAGCUAGGAAAGGUACAACUUGGGCUUCAAGAAGAGCAGAGACGCUGUGAUACUUCAAAAGAAAAGUAUACUGCUGCAGCUGCAGAACAAAGAAAAUGCUAUACUGUACAAAGAGCCUUCCAGGAAGAAGAAUGCACUAAAAAUAACAGGCUGAGGAGUCAAGUCUCUGCUCUAAGCAACACCUCCGUCUCGAAAGAAGGGAUUGAAUUGAACUGAAGCGACUUCCUUUCUGAGUUACCACCGCUAAGUAAGCAGAAUUGAACCAGAUUAGAUUUAGACAUGAUUCUCUUUUGAUUUUGCUGUAAUAUACAUAUGCUCAUCAGCAUUAGACACGGGAAAAUAUGAAAAAAAUCUAUAUGCAUUCAAACAACAUUGGUUGAACCAAUUGGGUUAUAUAUCAGCUAUGGAAAACUCUAAAUCAUUGAGG